AUGUUGUUCCAGAUCGCUGCUGGUAUUCAGCCUCUACAGAAUGUGGCCGCUGUGAAGUAUUUGAACGGUGAAAAGCCUGGUCUUGGACAGCAGUGGGCUGUACACUGGAUAACGCGUGGACUUGGCGAUUUAGAAGAGAUGGUGUCGCGCACUACUGGCGGCAAAUACGCUGUUGGCGACCAGAUCACAAUAGCUGACAUUUGCAUUCCAUCUAUUCUGUACAAUGCUAAAAGGUUUGGCGUAGACCUCUCAAAGUACCCGAAGCUGUGCAUGAUAGAUGCGAACACGGCAACGAUCCCUGAAUUCAAAGCUGCUCACCCAGAUCAACAACCCGAUGCAAAUCCCGAUGCGAAGUGA